UGGGUAAUGUAGUUUUCCGGUUACGUCGUGGUCUUGCGUCAUAUUUGGACAAAUAGCUAGCUAGCUGGCAGAAUCGUAACAGAAACGGCUUAGUAUGUCGUAGUUUUUUUUUUAUAUCAAACGGCUCCAUACUGACUUGACAGGCAAUGAAAAUUUCGCUAGUUGUUGUGGAAAGGCUGGUCUCAGUGUUGUAGGUUUUUGCGUGGUGUUUGGUUUAGCUAAUGUUACGCGGCUCAACUUGUCAGGGAUGGCGGGGCAUAUGAGCGCAGAUGUCUCAGAAUACCUGAGCCAGAACCCUGAGCUGGCCCAAUGGAUCGACACACAACGAGACUACUGCGAGAGCAACAAGCAGUGGUCGGCUCGGAGGGAGUUCAUUCUGAGAAACAUGGAGGCUUUCCCCACGGUGAAACCUGGGGUCCCUAGCAGCAGCCUGGACAGGCUGCUGUCUCUGUCCAUGGUCUGGGCAAAUCACGUCUUCCUCGGUUGCAAUUAUCCACAGGCUGUGAUGGAUAAGAUCAAGGAGAUGGGUGAGGGAAUAGUUGUCCAGGAUGCUCCUGUCCACAAAACAGCAAAAGAAGGAAUUAUGGCCAAAGGAAAGCGGAGCUGUGCAGCUGAGGGUGAUGCUGACAGUGGGGUAAAAAGAGCUAGAAGCGCCCCCAAUGAGGUUGACAGUCGACCUGCUGGGAGGACCACAGCGCGGCCCAUGGGUCAGAAAUGUGGGCCUUGUCCACAGGCUCCCACAGAGCAUCAGCCCUUCUUCAACCGUCUCUACAAAGCUGUGGCCUGGAAGCUGGUCUCAGCAGGGGGCUUCGGUCCAAACCUGGACCACUUUGAAAUCCUUCGGAGCUGCGUGGAGUCAUGUAAACAGACCCUGACCUGUGUGUUUGUGCCACUGAAGGACAUUGCAGGCCUCCCCGCGAGCCGUGCUCAGAAGGAAGGCCACGUGUGUGAAAUCCGCUGCCAGACGGUCUACAUGGGCACAGGGUACGGGCGGGAUGAGCCUGCCGCCAGAGCCAUGGCCUCCAAAGAAGCUCUAAAAGUCUUUCAGGGGAGAAAAGUGACUGUGAAGAUCUGCAGGCGGAGGUACAAAGGAAAAGACAUGGAGGACUUGAUGCUCCUGGAUGAACAGCCUCGGAGUCAGGGCUUCCCUCCGGCUCUCAGCUACCCUUUUCAGGACGAGCAGCUGGAGGACGGUUCUUCAUAGAGGUUGUGGACAUUUGGCCUGAUCUACUGAAGGAAUUCGUAAAUGUUGGGACCAGACUGUUAUCUAGUUAAACAUCGUAGUUAAAGCUGAGGUUCACUGGAGCGUCCUGAUGUGUUUCCAGAUGUACUUUGGUUCCAUAACGCAGACAAAUAUCUUUGCUAGACCACCAAAACAGGAAAACAGCCUUAAAUCUGCAAAAAGAAAAACCACAUCUAAACACAAGUCAGAUUGUGUGUAGCAUCGUUUAAAGUUUCACAAUAAAGGCACAAUAAAACGUCAUCAGAGGACAACAUUUUUGGUGAAUUAGUCGCCGCUCAAAGGCUCACUGCUUCACACCAACAGCUUAUUCCGCUUCCUGGAAUAAACUAGCUAGGUUUAGUUUCAUUUAGCUUUCCUUUCUGAUAAUUGAUGAGUACAUUGAUUCACACAGACUAAUAAGUUAUUUUCACAGAUUUGACGACCAUUGUGCUGUAGGAGUGCAUUAACGGUUAGAGUAUAACUCCACUGAAGACAUGAAAUGAGUUUUUGUUGUGACUAGAUCAGUGUUUGUUUGAGAGCAGUUCCCAUUAACCCUUACAUACCAGGGUUGUUCCGCUUACCAUCGUUCUCACCAGUGACCUGCACGUUAACUGGGUUUGAGCAGGGCUGGGCCGCGUAGAGGUUUUCUAGUGCCAAUAUUUCUCUUUUCUGUAGGUUAUUUUUUACCUAAAAAGGAAAUUGAUGGUUUAAGCAUUUCUAAUUUGUAUGUUUUUGUCAUUUCAAAUAUCCUGUCAUUGGAAAACCUUGUCAGCCAUAACCUGAGCAGUAAUUUGGAAACCGGUGACGCAAACACAAUCCUGUAAUGAAGUGUUUGUCGUUUAUUUUGCGGUGUUCGUUUUUCUCAGAUCCCUUUUGGACAGCCGUAGCUCUCUCACUGUACACUGAUCUAAAAGCUGCCGCUUUUAUUGAGUUUUGUUGUUAAAGUUUAUUAAAAAUAAUACCAUUUAAGAAGUUUAAUAUAGAGCAGCACUGAUGUAAGGAUAUUGUUUUAGACACUGUACAGUUCUGAGUUGUUCAAGUGCUGCUGCAACAUGUAGUUUGUGUUUUCUGUCUCAGUCUGAGUUGAAGAUGCUGAUGAAAGGGCUUGCAUUGAAGUGUGUACAACUGUGCUCUUUCAUGUUGGUGUGUGUUUACAGCAGUGGUCCUGUUUCUAUAUAUUUUUAAAUAAAUGAUUAAAGCAGAAAAUGAUA